AUGAACGAUCCGAAAUACGCUGAAAAAUACGAUCUAGAACAUAAUGUCGAUGAUGCCGGUGACCAGGAAGCAGUCAAUCUCGACAAUGGAGUUCAGAUUGCCAUUGACGUGCCGGCUAUCAACAGAAAUGGGAACCAGCUUCAUCCGCAGCCUACAUCUGAUGCCUUGGAUCCCUUGAACUGGUCGAAGUUUCAAAAACAUGUUAUUCUCGCAAUUGUCAUGUUUAAAUACUUUUUGUUUACCUAUCUAACCACAACUACCGUUCCUUCUUUCAUGGAAAUCCAAACUCAAUAUCAGAUCAAUUACGCUCAAGUUAACUGGACUGUGGCCGUUCCGGCCCUGGGCCUGUCAGUCGGACCACUUAUAUGGUCUUCAUUAAGCGAUAUAUAUGGGCGGAGAGUUAUCUUCCUACUUGGGACGACCAUAUCCUUGGUAUCGACAAUCGGCGCCGCAGUGGCAGAUUCAUACUCGGGCUACAUGGCAGCACGCUUCUUUCAAGGAUUUGGCGUGAGUCCUGCAUCGACGGUGGGAAUGGCUGUCGUGAAUGAUUUGUUUUUCGAUUAUGAGCGUGGACAAAAGCUUGGUCUGUGGGUUUUAGCGAUUGACUCUGGACUACUCCUAGGACCAACUUUUGGCGGCUUUCUGAACGUUGUUAGUGCUCAAUGGAUCAAUUGGUUCAAUGCCAUCUUGUUCGCAGUAUUGUUUUUUCUUGAAUUAUUAUUCAUGCCUGAAACACUCUACCCUCGACAGCAGAUGUUGCUCAAUGAAAGCAUUGUGAAGCUCAAUAGACAAAGCGGGUCAGUCAGCGAGAAGAAUGAAGCCGACAAAGAAACCCCAGCUCCGCAGGCAACGGCUCCAGCUGAAGCAUCAUUCUCAGACCCAGCCCGAACACGGAAGCUGCCUUUCGUCAACUUACGGCCUGUACCAGGCAUGCGUCACCCUAAACCGUGGGACUCAAUUGUUAGAUUUGCUCUCACUUUUCGGCUGCCUGCAGUGGUGAUUGCAGUCAUUGGAUACUCAUUCCUUUGGUACUGGUGGGUCCUUUCCGUUAUCACCAUGGUACCUUCGGCAUAUGCAACAUAUAGUCCCCUGAUACAAGGCUUAUUGUUCAUUGGGUUGUUUUUGGGAACAACUAUUUCGGAGAUAUGUUGCUCUGGACGUCUGAGUGACUACAUUAUCAAAAGUCUCUCGAAACACAAUGGAAAUCACCGAGUCGCCGAAAUGAGGUUGUGGCUAGCAUAUCCUGCUAUUAUUAUUACGGCUGUUGGACUGAUUGUCUGGGGCGUCAGUCUUGAUAGAGAUUACCACUGGGUUGUUGGCCAGGUCGCAUUUUUCUUAUUCGCUGCAGGCAUUCAGAUAGGGAACACAGUUGCUAGCAGUUACAUCGUCGAUGCCUAUCCUUUGCAAUCAACGAGUGUCGUCACUUUUUAUGCAGUCUUCCUCAACUUGAGUGCCUUCAUCAACCCAUUCUUCAUUGCUUCGUGGCAGACCUCCAUGGGCUGGACCUGGACGUUUACUACGCAAGCAUUGAUCGUCGUUGUGGGGGGAGGGCUGAUGAUAGGCACACUCCACAGAUAUGGUGCCUGGAUGCGGGAAAAGGCACCCCAGCCCUCCUGGGUCAACCCCGAAUAUGACUUAGGUGCAUAG